UCCUUUCUCUCACUAAACACUUUUUCCCAAAAUUUCCAGAUCGGUAGAGGAGAAACCCUAGCCGCAGGUCUUCCAAGCUUCGCCCUCUCCGAUGGCUCGUACCAAGCAGACCGCUCGCAAGUCCACCGGUGGCAAGGCUCCCCGGAAGCAGCUCGCCACCAAGGCGGCGAGGAAGUCGGCUCCGACCACCGGAGGUGUCAAGAAACCUCAUCGCUACCGUCCCGGCACGGUUGCUCUACGUGAGAUCAGGAAGUACCAGAAGAGCACGGAGUUGCUGAUAAGGAAGCUACCUUUCCAGAGGCUCGUGAGGGAAAUCGCGCAAGACUUCAAGACGGAUCUGAGGUUUCAGAGCCAUGCCGUUCUGGCCUUGCAGGAGGCUGCGGAGGCUUACCUCGUCGGGCUGUUCGAAGAUACCAAUCUUUGCGCGAUCCAUGCCAAGCGUGUGACGAUCAUGCCCAAAGAUAUCCAGCUCGCUCGUCGGAUUCGUGGAGAGCGCGCUUAAUUAAGCGUGUAAUCAUCUGAAAUUGUCUACCUGUUACCGUCGUCCAUGAUCCUUAGAUCUGAAAAUUAGGGCCUUUUUUUUUUUUUGUUUUGAAUUGUAGGUUUAGUUUCUUGUAUAUUCUUUAUGUGGGGAUUUAAAAGAACUUAGUUAAUUAAUGGGAAGUUCUCUCUUUUGUGAUGUUUAA